UAUAACUACCAACCUCCCACCAGCUUAAUCUAUAAGGGUCUUCACUAGUGUAUAAUGUUGAUAUUUCUAUGUUUUCAACCACAAUUUAUUUUCAAACACCUAUAACUCACUAAUUAAUUUGCUUCUAUUUUUCUUCUCUAUCAUUUUUAAAAUGAUAAUUUUAUUGUGAUGUUAAAUCAUUUCCAGCAAAUAGGCCGGAACAUAAUUUAGAUAAAAUAAUUCAAUUUCUUGUUUAAACUAAAUCAUGGGAGUCGUAACAAUUACAACCAAACAGGAUUUCGACGACAAAUUAGUUGCGGCCGGCGACAAACUAGUGGUGGUGGAUUUCACCGCGGGUUGGUGUGGCCCCUGUCGUAUAAUUGCCCCGAAGUUCCAAAGUAUUGCAGAAGAAAAUCCCGAUGUUGACUUCUUGAAAGUUGACGUUGACGCAAACCAGGAUUUGGCCGACGAAUAUAAAGUUCAGGGCGUCCCAACUUUUAUUUUCAUCAGGAAUGGGAAAAAACUUGAAUCGUUCUCUGGCGCCAAUGAGGCAAAACUAAAGGAAAACGUGUUGAAAUUGAAAUAAACAUUUCAUUAAAAUGAUAAUCAUUAAAUACUAAUCAAGCAAUAUGUGAUUUAUAUAUUUGUAACCUCGCUUUACUUGCAUUUAAUCUUUGUAUCAAUAAUCGUAACUUAGUUUGUUGCAACUUGUUUUAGCACUUAUAUAUUGAUGGUAUGCAGUAACUUUAAUAUGCAUUUUAUUAAAUAAUAUCAGUUGCAAAAUGUCUAUUAACGAGAAUAUAACUAUGCAGGUAUCAUGUUAGAUGAUGUCAUAAUGUGCAUUACAAAACGAAUAAUGACAUCAUAAUGGAAUAUUUUUACCACUUGUUGGUUGUAUUUAUGACGUCACACAUCUGAUUGAAAUGUCAUUGUUGUGACGCCAACACAGUGGUUUCAACACUCGUGUCUGGACCAUAGAUUUGGGUUUGAGGCUUAACAGCGCCACCAUUGUGGCAUGUGUCUUUGAACAAAACAACAAUUGCUCCAACCCAGUGGUCACUAAUGGGUUGUACAAAUUGUCAACCAUACAUAAAACAAACACCCACAAAAUUACAUACGUGGUAACUUGUAAGCAGGCACGAGGUUUAUGAAACAGAACACCCGUGUCAUAACGACUGUCGUUGCCCGCCAUGCGAGGAUGAAUAAGUUGCAUACGUGGUAACUUGUAAGCGGGCACGAUGUGUAUGAAACAAAACACCCGUGUUAUAACGACUGUCAUUGCCCCGUCAUGUGUGGAUAAACAAUUUACAUUUAUUUAUAUAUGACAAUGCCUUUAUACAAGUAGCAUAGUAACAUUGCACUUCCCCUGCAUACCAUGCAUAAUAUCCAGGUUGAAUUAUGGAGGGGGAGAUAUAUAGGUGGCAUGGCUACUUAAGUGGGUGGGGGAAAAAAUAUUUUGUUUUGCACAACGGGACGCUCUCAUGUUUCGCUUCAAAGGUGGAGAGAAUGAAUAGGAAACCAGCCACGGAAGUUUAUAAUCUUGGUUUGUGCGAGAUUAUAGUCGACCAUGUGACCCCAACCCAGUUUGAAUUAAAAGGAACAAUUGGCGGCAAAGUUUGCUCGUUGAAAACCGACACAAAGGAUGAAAGGCAGCAGUGGAUUAAGUCGUUAGGUUCGGCGAAGGCUUGUUUACUGGAUACUUCAACACUGGGGUUCCUCCCCAAACCAUCGGAGGAUUCGAGACUCCUCACAUCCCAGGUGAGCAGGGAGGUUGAGGAAGAUACUUCACUCGUGGCUUCAUUCGAAUCUGUGGCCAUCGAACCAAAUGAAAAGAUGGAACAAAGUGGAAAUGGAAGUUUAAACAAUCUGUUAUUGUCAUCGGACAACCCAAGUAUUGUUGACGAACCGGAACAAACGAAUAUUCUUCAUCUUUGUGAUGUCACAAAGACAGAGAUUGCAAACCUUGAAGAAGCGAUAACUUUAUUAUCAACGAACGAAAUCGGGAAAAUUUUGUUGAAAGUGGAAACUUCAUGUCGUGCGUUGUUGGCGGCUGUGGAAGAAAAGAAAUUGACUUUGGCUGAGGAUGAACAAGAAGCACAAGAUACACAACUAGCACAAGAUACACAACUAGCACAAGAAAACCAACUAGCACAAGAUUCACACAUUGACAACUUCAGCACUUUCUUUUCAUCCCAACCAACCAACUUCCGUCAUGUGGUGGAUGGAACUAUCUCACGUGAGGGGAAACCCCUCCUUCCAGCUCUAAUAUUCCUCGAGGCUUGUCAAUGUUACCUCAGGUUCUUUGAUCGAUUCAGCGGAACCGUGAUGACCCCAUUGAGGAACGACAUCGAAGGAAACAUCGGGAAGAUCAGGAAAGUUAUGAAGGACUCCGGAAAAGGGUACGACUAUUUACAGGAGAUUGUUGAUCAUGAAAUAAGUCGUAAACAGCACACGGGACCCGACACUGCCACCCAGGCCUUGCUGUGGUUGAACCGCGCACUUAGCGUGAUGUGCCGAUUCCUCAAGAAUGUCGUAACAAGUGAUAGCGCAACUAAACACGACACUGGGGCGUCGUUUAUAUCGGCGUAUAAUGAAUUACUUGCUAAACAUCACAAUUGGAUGGUACAGAAGUUGUUUAAGGUUGGGUUAAAGAUGGUUCCGUCGUAUGAAGCUUUUCAACAAAGCAUGAUCGAUCAGCAGUGUUGGAAGGAGGGGGAAGCUACAGGGGAGGUUGGGUGGUUGGAUGUGUUGGAUGAUAAGAUGGCGCAUCAUGUGAUGCAAUACAUCGAACCUAUGGGUGUAGUGGUUGAACAACUCAGAUACAUGUACACCACACAUAAUAUUGACCCAUAAUUAUUAGUUUUUAGUUUGUUGUGAUGUUAUUUUACUAACAAUAUUUUUAUACUGAUAGAUGGUACAUAGAUUUUGCGUGUCUUUUUCUGUACUAACUUUCUUUCUCUUGAUAAUGAAAUUUAAUUGUGUAUGUUUCUAUGCAACCCAACCCUGGAAAUCAAGCGUGCACUAUUUUUAUAUUUGUUUCAAUGGAACACAUCAUGCGUGAAUAAAGAAUUUUAACCAAA